GGAAGAACGCAGCGGACAGACGCAGUGCACGAGAAGGAUGGACCUCUCCUUUCGUCCCCCCCGCCUGUGACUGCUCCCCGAUGAAGCAGCGCACGGUCGGACCUCGCCCCGACGUCGGUCGCAGCGGGGUGCGCCGCAUCGGGGCGCGCGCCAGGGCCCACCGCGAUGGUUUGGUGGGCGCGCGCCAGAGCCGCCCCGAGGGCGGCGGCGCGGCCGCUGCGGUUCCCCCUUGCCUCCCGCCCACCCCCUUCUCUCUCUGUCUCCGCCUUAGUGCGGCUCCUGCACGCCGGUAAAAAACAGUGCGCCGCACCGCGCCAGUUGGCUGGGCGGAAGCGGUGGUGGCUGUGGCCGCCGGCUCGCGCGGCCAUGUCGCGCCAGCACCCCGCGCGGCUGCCCGGCGCCCCCGCGGCGGAGCUGGCAGGUGCGCUGGAAGUCGUGCAAGAAGUUGGUGACAUCCUCUUCGUGCCGAGCGGAUGGGGUCACGCGGUACUGAAUCUAGGCAGCUACAACGUGUGCGUGGCUGUCGAGUUCGAUGGAUGACCAAGUCACGACAUGUCGAGAGUGAAACACAGGUAACCAGGGCGAGCUACGAAGUUAUGAGACACAUGAACAUCAGGCGGAUGAAAAAAGGGAUGCAACACGGGGGGCUGGAAGACACGGCGGAUGCAGAUCAUGCCGAUAUGGAAGCGGAGGAGGGAG